CGCAUUCUGAUUUCGGAUCGGUGGAAUGAACUAGAAUCUUGAGUUUCCUUGUUGACGGCCCGGUCCUUUCGUUUUAUGUCGCUUUCCCAUGACUCCAAGUCUUUUAGAUAGGCCUGAUACCAGAGAUCUGCAAUUGUUACAUAUUGAAGGAAGUUAAAAAGGACGAAGUUGAAGCUGCCCUCGAAUAUGCAGAAAGGUCGCGCGUUGAGACGACGACCGCGUCGUGCGCAUCAACCAAUUACGACAAAUGGCUGCCCUCUUUUCUGCAGGCGUCUUAGGAACACUGAUGCUAAGUAGCUUGCAUAGCCACCUUAAGCAAGGAAGCCCGCUACCGGAUACACCCGGCUAUCGCAAAGGCAAGCGACGGAAGGCCGCGAGUGAUGUUAUCAGUUUGAAGGCUCUGGAAGAGGUCUUCCGCUCCAGUGACCCGCAAUUGCAAGAAAGUGCCUUACAAAUUCUUUUGGAUAGAGCAAUGACAGAGCAAUCCCUAUCCUAUAUCAUUAAAUGUUGCAAGAACAGUAAAAUUCCUGUUACGCAGCGAAGGGCUGUUGCUGUGAUUCAGCAAUUAACAAAGCAAGAGCAAAAUCGCGUAAUACUUGUACGUCGAGGAAUUCUGAAGAUUUUCUGCCACAUACUUCUACAGCCUGCGGACGAGACGACUUAUCGCUAUUGCAUCAUAUCGAUGUUUCGCUUGGUGCAGAAUAAAGACCAGCGAAAGGUGCAGAUUGUACGUUACGGGAUUCUAGGGCCGCUGAAGAAGUUUCUCUCUAUAUCAUCCACUCAUAGUAAUGAUUUGAUGUACUGGAGUCUUUUGCUCACGCACCAGCUCUCCCUUAUUGAUGAGCUACAAAGCGAGCUAAUUGGAACCGGAUUUUUAUACAUACUUGCCUAUAUGAUACGUCUGACAUUUGGCAACGCAAGCAUGCAAAGGCUAUGUCUUCACUCUCUUGUCCGGCUCCUAUCUAAAAUGGAGAACACAGAGGUUGUCAAACAACUCCAGUCGCUUUUGCAAGUCAACAUUGUGCCCCUGUUGGUGACCUGUUUACGGAACGAGGAUGUCGAGCUUGCGUCAUGGGCGGUCUUCCUAAUACACGAAUUUGUCACAAAAGAUGUUGCAAAAGAAAAUUUUCAAUCCAUGAAAGGACUGCUCCCUGCACUUGCUGCACUACUUAACAGCGAAGAAGCUUGUGUCCCUCGUCUGGUUCUCAGGUCAUUGAAGUAUUUGGGAAUGAGAAAUGAUCAAUAUCAAAUAGAAAUGAUCCGCGCUGGAGUCGUCUCGAAGAUCGUGCCAUGUUUAAUAGGCGGAGAGCACUCCGAUCCGGACUCUCCCCUUUGGGCCUUGGCCCUAUUGCACGACCUUUUGGCGCACGCUGAAGCACAUGCUCAAUUUUUGGAAGCUAAAGGAUUAGAUACAUUGAUACGCAUAAGCUACGAUACAACUGUUCAUCUAUCGCUAUAUAUAGCCGACAUCAUUGUGUAUCUAGCAUCUUCAUUGCAAAAUCGUGAUAUGCUAGAGAAUUCGGAGGUUUUGGAUGCUGUCCUUCACUUCUGCAAAUCUGACGAGGCGGAGCUUCAAUAUGCCGGUGCUGCGCUUCUUUUGAAUCUCGCAACCCUUUCUGAUAAGAUGACGGAUCGGAUUGCAGAAAACGGCAGUAUUGAGCUCCUAGCUGACCUGACGCUCCACAGCGACCGAGAAAACAUACAAACGGUCGCCUCGAAGACUUUGACUACAUUGACCCGACGAGAUCCUUUACUACGGGAUCUUAUCAUUGCGACAGCUAUUCGACCCUUGGUUGCGCUGGUCAUUGAGGAAGCUGCUCGUACUGUACAUAUCCUAUUCCCCCGCUCAUCGAAGCGACAGUCGGCUUCUGACACAUUCAGAGGAGCCCGUGGAGAUGGCUGUGUCACAAUACAGUCCUUUGAGCUGGGAACGAGCUGUGAACCGGAAGCAGACCGGCUUUCCAUUGGCGAGCAGUCUGGUUACCCGGAAGUUUUCGAGCGUCUCACUGGCCAGCUCAUUAGUCUCACGAUCUUCAUGGAAUCUGAGCUGUUCGAUAUGCCUCCUCGCAAGAAAUUGGAGCGCUUGCUUACCACGCUGCUUGAUCUCCUGAUUCUACCGCUCAUGUAUGCAGAAGAGGAAGAUACGCGAUCGGUGGAUUCAGAUGUGCAAAUCCUGACACAAACCUCAUCGCAAAUCGAUGCUCUCAAAUGCGCGAAAUUAGGCCCUGACACGGACGAGAAUGGGGCCCCGGUUGCGCAGGGAUUUGCGCCGGGUUUUGGGAAUUUUAAGGACGAAGUUGCGAUGCAUGCGCUCAAGCUCGUAGCAAAGCUCUUGAAGAACGAUGAUGCCUGUGAAUACCUGGUUCAGGAGAAUGUCUUCACGGUGAUGGUAGCUCUGAUGCAGCAGAAUCGGCCCAAUGUUAGCGAACAGGCCAUUGUAGCCUUAAGUGCGGCAUCGCUGCUACCUGGACUGCGAAAUGUGAUCCUUGAUGUCCCGUUCGCAUUUACGGGCCUCACAAGAGCCUUACUCCGCAAUGCGUCUCCCAUGCUCCGCUUUCACAUUCAAUCUUUCUACGAGGCAGUAUGCAAUUACACUGAACCUGAAUUGCGUUCUAGCCUGGAGGGAGAUAACGUGAAGUUCACUAAAUCUCAAGCCACACCAUACAUGCUCGUUUCGCCACAGUGUUGGGAGAUAAGAAAUGAAUCCUGGACCUUCGAAAGCGUUAGAAGCGAGUUCGGUGUCAUAGGAAGCGGGCGCUGUGCGUACGAGGUUGAGCUUCAUACGGAUGGAAUAGUACAAAUCGGAUGGGCAUCCUCCUUGUGUACCUUCGAUCCCGAAGCUGGAACAGGAGUUGGAGACAACCGGUAUUCAUACGCCUACGAUGGGCAUCGGAAGAAAAAAUGGCAUGGACCUUGCUCUCAAAGUAACGAAUACGGCGACGAUUGGUAUGAAUGGGAUGUGAUUACCGCGCUGAUCGAUUUAGAUAAUAAGGAGAUCUCGUAUCUUCGUAAUGGCGUAUCCCUCGGCGUCGCUUUUGUUGACAUCCCCGAUGUGACUUGGUACCCUGCAAUAUCUCUGGCGUCGGCUCAAGGAUGCCGCGUUCGAUUUGGCUAUCAGCUAGACCCUCUACAAUACUUGCCGCAGGGGUAUGCGUCGAUAGCCAGCAUUGCUUGUAACGAUGCAGAAGUGCUCUCUCCGGAUGCACCAUCCGUAUAUUAUGAUGCCUCGGAGAGCCCGUCCAAUGAGGAUCCAUUAGGGAUAUCGAAUCUGUCUGUCCCUCUGACAGAGCCUACCUCGUGUGAUAGACACGAGUUCCUGCCUUCAGCUUAUUUUGAGCUCCAACUGGGUAUUGGAGGGCCCGAGACCUUUAUGAUCCCGCAAGUUGGAAUUGCGGAUCGUGACAAAAACAUCUUUUUUGUUGGGCUGUGUCCCGGCGGCCGCUAUGUUUUGAUGGUUGUGCGGAAUCGGGAUCCAGAUGAUAAAACCUUCUUCCGGAAAGACAUUAAUGAAAUGCUAAUGCAUGAAUCAAUGGCGACCAUACAAGACACGGAGAUUUUGGCGACAUGGCGCGGUCCGCCGGUUCAAGAUGGCGAUGUGAUUGGGUGUGCUAUCAGCUUCGCGCAGGGUGCGCUAUUGUUCACACUUAACGGAAAAGAAUUGGGACCAAUCGUGCAUGGUGUCUCGGAAAAGCUUUACGUUCCGUAUAUUCGCUAUGUUCCACGCUUUACACUCAAUUUGGGCAAGGCGUCCUUCCUGUGGCCGUUUGGCGUUCCUUUUGGGAUCGGUCGUCUCCUGUGAGUGAUACCGGAGCUGGGAAUUGGCUAUCAACCUAUUGGUGGCAAAUAAACGUGUAAUGAAGAUAUGACUUUCACGGUUUGAGUAGAGCCCUUUUGAUAUCAUCCUAAGUAUAAUUUCAAAGCUCAUUAAGAUGUAGGUAGUUCAAUGCAUGACACUCCAGCUUGGGCUGUGGGUUUAAGUCCCAGAAUAAGCAGCAUCAUUGCAUUUCUCACAAUUCUACAUAUUUUUAUAUACAUCACACUACA